UUCAAUUUUACAGCUAGUUUUACCAAAUCUUUUUUCUAUUCUUAAAUCCCCCCUCCCUUUUUUCUUAAAAAUAAUACCAUGACGAAUUAGGAUUUCUUAAUUUUCGAAGCUUUUGAUUCUUCAGCAAUGGAUAAUUUGGUUGUUUUUUUGAAGCUGAAUUCAUUUUGACCUCGGAUUAGGCCCAAUUAGGGUUCUGGGAGAGUAUUACGAUCUCAAUUAAAGAUCAGGACUUGUUCCUCUCAGUUUUCUAUUCCAUUAAAUUCAGACAAAAUUCUCCUGUGAAUGAGAUGCAUUCUUUUAUUUAUUGAAAAAUUAGAGUCUGAUUCGACGAAGGCAGGGUUCUCAAGAUACAAUUUUGUUUCCUUUAUCUCAAUUCUAUAAUUUCUUGAAAAUUAGGUCCCUAAUUGGACUAAAUUAGGGUUUUAUGAUCAUAACGGAGGACUACGGGUUUGGGGUUGGGGAUCCGAAAUCGACCCUGGCUAACACCCGCGGCGACAAGACUGGAGGAUUCAGUCAUGAGAGCGAGCGUGAUUUGGCGAUGAUGGUCAGCGAUUUUUGGGAGAAUGGUAGCGGCGGAAAUGAGUCUAAAUAUAGCAGCGAUAGCGAUUCUGGGUGCUCUGAUCUUGGUCAUUUAGCUGACAAAGUUUCGUUACGUAAACAUGAUGUGGAGCAAUGUGACACUGAUUUGUCAUCAGCUGUUCGUUCUCUCCUGUUAUCUAUCAAUGAGAAUGACCUUCAUACUUUCAAAGGAGAUGCCCAGUGUAGUGGCGGCUGUAUCCGGCAGUUACUAGUGAAACACCUAAGGAUUUCUGGUUAUGAUGCUGCGGUCUGCUCGUCUAAAUGGCAAGGAUUUGACAAAGUGCCUGGAGGUGAUCAUGAAUACAUUGAUGUGAUCGUUAAUGGCAGUACCGGGGUUUUUGAGCGGUCAAUCAUUGACAUUGAUUUCCGAAGUCACUUUGAAAUAGCACGAGCAGUCAAAGCUUAUGACACAAUAUUGUCCUCUCUACCAGUGAUCUAUGUAGGCUCCCUUGCCAACCUCGAGCAGUUCUUGCAAAUUAUGGUUGAUGCUGCAAAGUAUUCUCUUAGGCAACACUCCAUGCCUUUGCCUCCUUGGAGAUCAUUGAGAUAUCUGCAGGCAAAAUGGCAAGCUAAAUAUGAAAGAAAACACAAUAUAGAGAGGAGCGAAAGCAAGUGCAGUGUUUUUUCUGAUCAUAAGCAAUGCGUUGGACACCUGAGGAGGUUGAAAUCAUCGCUUCAGUUAGAGAUCGAGUCUGAGAGGCGGCUGNCUGCUGAAGCCGAUAACUAAUGACAAGAAGCGAAUGGGGAAGUCAGAGAGACGGAGGUAUUCGAGUUAUUUGAAUAAUUAAAUUCAUAUAUUCACAAUUCAAUUUUGAAUAGUAUAUUUCUUUUAAGUAUGAAUUCAGUGAGAACCGAUCCACAAAAGGCUGAGAUGGAGGGUCCUCUAAUAUGAAGAAUAGCAAUAACCUGCCAUUUUUCCGAGGCGGGGAAAUCAUCAUAGUGUUUUACCUUUGAUUCUUUGGUUUGCUGAAAACCACUAAAAAUUAUAUAGAGAGAUUUUGUUGUAUUGUUGGAUUGUACACGGCCUUAAAUACAUUUCAGUGCCUUUUCUUGUUACUUUUGUUCAUUCAAGAUAAAAUAAUUUUUUUGUUGUUGUGAGAACAUUUUCA